AUGAGUAGCAAACCCAAUUCUAAGCGUACAAUUUAUGUUGGCGGUUUAGCUGAAGAAGUAGAUGAGAAGGUUUUACAUGCGGCAUUCGUCCCAUUUGGUGAUCUUGUUGAUGUUCAAAUACCAUUAGAUUAUGAGACUGAGAAACAUAGAGGCUUCGCAUUUAUAGAAUUUGAAAAUGCUGAAGACGCAGCAGCUUCUAUUGAUAACAUGAAUGACUCAGAGUUAUUUGGAAGAACAAUAAGAGUCAAUGUAGCAGCACCACAAAGGAUCAAGGAGGGUUCAACAAGACCUGUGUGGUCAGAAGAUACUUGGCUUCAAAAGCAUGCUGGAGAGACUCUUGAUGUUGAUAAGGAUGCUCAAGAAAAGGAUAAUGAAGAAAAGAUGGAUACAGAGAGCACUCCUAUACCCGCAAAGCCAACAGAGAAAAAGAAUCCACAAGUAUAUUUUGAUAUAAGUGUUGGAAAACAAGAAAUAGGCAGAAUAAUAAUGAUGCUCCGACCUGACAUUGUACCUAAGACAGCAGAAAAUUUCAGAGUUCUGUGCACACACGAAAAAGGCUUUGGAUAUCAGGGUAGUGCGAUUCACCGGAUUAUUCCUGACUUUGUAUCCUUUUUAAUGGUUUAA